CAAAGGACAAACUCUCAGGGAUUAAUAUAAUUGCUUCUUUAGAUUGAGAAAGAUUACAGUCAGUUCUCUUCUUGUUUUCUUAUGAUGAGUACCUCAUUGCUUGUUAUUUCUUGACUACUCCUCCAAUAUUUUGCAGUGUGCUUCUUCUGCCUCUUGUCUCGUACUCUGUCUGUGUGUCAUGCUUGCGGGCAUGCGUGCUGCGUGGUUAUUGAGGAGUUAAGUUAAAGAAAAUUAUAUAGGCUAACUAUGGUAUACCCAGUUUAAGAUAGUUUGCAGGUGUUAUAUUAGUUUUAACUAAUUUUUUUUCUUACACGUGCAAUUUUCUUGCGUUCAGUAAAUAAUUCUUAGGGUAGUUUAUAUAUCAGAAGAGGUAGCAUGCCAGGAUAAUCCCAACAGAAUAAUAAGUCAAAUCCAUCCUGUGAGAUGAACAUAUCAUCAAGAUUCAUCAAAAAAUAUUUUGGCUUCAUCAGGGAUUGUACUUUCUGAUGAUACUGUGGAUGAUGAUACGAGGGACAUGUAGUAUGAGUUGGAGGCAAGUUUCCUCCAUAAAUGAACACAUACGUGAAUGCAGUCAAAGAGUGUGUCACUUGUGGCAUCUAUGAUGGAUGAGACCGGAGGUGGCAUCUUGGUGGAGGAUAAGCCAAGAGAAAGAUAUGCCUAGAACAAGUGAAGCUACUUUAUCCAAUCCCAGGGCUCCAUAUGAUGAGGAUUUGGCUAAGGUUUUACAGGCCAUGAAGCAAAUGGCUGACCCUGCGCUUGAGGGCACAUCCGGAGUAGAUCGGAGGCUGAAAUUUUUGAAGGUUUUCAUUAGUCUGUCGCCCCCGCAGUAUGCAGGAAAUCCUGAUGAACCGUUAGAAGGAGCGGAGUGGCUUGCAAGGAUAAAGCAAUGUUUUGAUGUAAGUGAUGUCCCCGAUGACCUAAAAGUGGGGUUUGCCACAUACUGUCUUACUGGAGCGGCUCACCACUGGUGGGAAUUUGUUAAAAGGAUACGUGAUGUUAAAUCCAUCACUUGGGGAGAGUUUGAGGAGCUGUUUUUGAAUAUAUAUUUUCCUCAAACUAUAAGCGCUGCUAAACGCGAAGAAUUUCUAGGGUUGAGCCAAGGAAACAUGACCGUUGCUCAGUAUGCAUCUAAGUUCCUUGAGCUAGCAUGGUAUGCACGAACUAAUCUUGUGAGGUCAGAUGAACUUGCAGCAUUGGAGUUUCUAAGUGGACUGAGGCCUUCCAUAAGACCAAGGGUCUCUCUAUUCAAAACUUAUGAUGGCAUGGUUGCAGCAGCGUUGAGAGUGGAACAAUCUUUGGAGGACAGCGAGGAAGAGUUGUUUGAGGAAGCUUCUGGUGUAGGGGAAAAAAGGCCAAGAAAGCAGUACAUUUGCCACCACUGCGGCGAGCCUGGUCAUAUUCGGCCUAAUUGCCCGGAAUUAAACUCGCGUGCCUUUUGAAAGGUUUAUCAAAAUCUCAUCCUAGUGAUGGAAGGCAAAAAUGGUUUCAAUUCCAAGUCAAUAGUGUGGGGAUAAUAGUUUGUAAGACUUUCAAUAUGCCUGGCCUUUGUUUUGGUAUGUAUCUGUCUGUGUGACUUUUAUUCCCUUGGACCUUCGUGAAUGGAGAAUCUAUUUUGUA